UGGAGAAACAAACGCUCACUCACUCACUCACUCUUGUUUGUUGUUUUCUCCCUUGGCUUCCUCAUCCAUCAUCGCUAUCAUUAGCAACAAAGACAUGGGCUUCUUCUUCUUCUUCUUCUUCUUCUCUCCCACCGCUUCCAAGAUACUAUGCUGAUCUGGGGUUUUGCUAUUUCUCGCUCUCAUCCUCUCAUGAUCAAGAACUGAGUUGCUUUGCCUUUGUUUGCUGAUCCCCGCGCGUGUGUGUGUGUGUGUUCGGUUUCUUGAAAAUCCAAUGGAAGAAGAUCAAGAAGUGAAGCACUUGUGCAAGUUCUGCAGCAAGAGCUUCCCUUGUGGGAGAUCCUUAGGGGGUCACAUGAGGUCACAUGUCACCAAUGUUUCAUCCGAGACAGAGAAGCUUUCGUCUUUCAAUGGUGGAGAUAGAGAUAGAGAUAGAGAUAGAGACACGGGAACAAUGGGUUCUGAAGGGGGAACUAGCAAUGGAGGCUACGGUCUGAGAGAGAACCCGAAGAAGACUUGGAGGUUCACGAAUUCCGUCGAUGACACUUUGUUGGUGUUGGACAAGCUCUGCAAGGAGUGUGGCAAAGGCUUUCACUCUUGGAAAGCUCUGUUUGGUCACAUGAAGUGCCACUCCGAGAGAGUAUCCCAGAACAACAGCAGCUUAAUGGAGGAUCAAGAUUCGUGGACGGAAAACACCAAUGCUAGCCAAAAAAUGGUGUCGGAUGAUAGCCAUUCCGACAAUGAAGCCACUGCUCCAAACCGUAGGAGAAGAUCCAAGAGGAGAAGGACAAGGUACGUGGCUCCAUCAACUUCUUCUGUGUCCUUUGUUUCUGAGGCAGAGCAGGAGCAGGAGCAGGAAGAGGUAGCCAUGAGUUUGGUGAUGCUUAGCAGGGAUAUUAGUCCUUGGUGUGGUUUCAAUUCUGUGAACUCAUUGCACUUUGAAUCUCCUUCUUUGGUUCCAACCAAUUUAGAUUCUAAGGCUGAAGGCAAAAGGGUUGUCUCCAAUGGUGAAAAUAAGGUUUCCAAACCAAAGGAUAUUAAGUGGGAGUUUGGGAAUUCGGAUGCUUCAAAUCUCAACUACAAAGGGAAAAUAAGCUCAGAACUUUUGGGUACUGAGAGUGCUAAUUCUACAUUUGAGGACAAUGGAAUAGAUGAUAAUAGAAAUAACAAGUACACUUCAAUCAAGGCAAAGUAUAUGGAUUCUGAAUUGAAGACAGGCUCUUCAAAGAGUUGGGUGAAGAACAAGUCCCCAGAAGGUGAAUUGAGCAAAAGCUCCAACAAGAGAGGAAAAUUUGAGUGUGCUACUUGCAAGAAAAUCUUCCACUCAUACCAAGCUCUUGGAGGUCACAGAGCUAGUCACAAGAAGAUCAAGGGAUGCUUUGCUUCAAGAAAUGAGAGCAGUGAAAACAGCACUGAGUUGGAACCAGACCUUUCACCUGACCCAACAACAGAAAGUAAGCUUCUGAAGAAUGAAUAUGUGGAAGAACAUGAAAUGGUUACUGUUACUACUACUACUAUUACUGGUCAUGAGUGCCCAAUUUGCCUCAAGGUUUUUUCAUCUGGACAAGCCUUGGGUGGCCACAAGAGAUCUCAUCACUUGCCUAAUGGGUCUGAUAUUGCUACUAGAAACUGUCAAAGUCAAAGAGUUGUACUUGAGGGAGAAGACCCAGAAAUUAGGGAUUUUUUUGAUCUUAAUCUUCCUGCUUCUAAUGAGGAAGAAGGUAACAGCCAUGGCCAUGCUGAGGCUUACAAACCUUGGUGGGUAGUAGGAGGCAGCAGCAGCCACAAGCAAGAGGCACUGAUAGGCCUCAUUUCUAACUAAACUAAACCUAUCACAGUUCAUUCCAGCACAGGUUUCAAAUCUCAGUUGAACUUCAGAGUGAAGAUUCCAAAACUGUAUAGAAAAAAAGCUUAUGCACUUAUUUCAUUAAUUCUUUACAGGAUUCAUAUCUUCUUUGAGGUAUUUCUGUUAUUCUUCGUGUACUUGAUAAGGAACUUUUCAUCCUUUUCUCUUUUCA